AUGAUUGAGGAAGAACAUGCUUCUAUGGCUAACUCUCAUUCAUCAAAUGGACCUGUACAGAAUCUUUCAGACGAUUCAUCCAGCUGCUAUUACUUACAUCCAUCUGAUAAUCCUGGUGCACUUCUGGUUUCCGAGAUAUUCAUUGGUGAGAAUUAUAUUGCAUGGAGUCGAUCUAUGUCAAUUGCUCUAACAGUGAAAAAUAAAAUUGCAUUUGUUGAUGGUUCUUUGGUUCAACCAAUCACUAAUGAUCCUCAUCUUCGUGUUGCUUGGCUAAGAGCAAAUAAUCUUGUCUUGUCUUGGCUAAUGAAUUCAAUUGCCAAAGAAAUCCGUGGUAGUCUUCUCUAUUUCACAAAUGCUUUUGAUAUCUGGGAGGAACUGAAAAUCAGAUAUCUCAGAAGUGAUGGACCAAGGGUUUUCUCCCUGGAAAAAUCCUUAAGUUCCAUUUCUCAAAAUUCCAAAUCUAUCAUUGAAUAUUUUAGUGAAUUCAAGGCUUUAUGGGAUGAAUACAUUAGCUACCGUCCUAUUCCCAGUUGCAGAUGUGGGAACCUUAAUCGUUGUUCUUGCAAUAUUUUGAAGGACUUGACUGAUAGACAACAAUCAGACUAUGUAAUGAAAUUUCUUGUGGGCUUCACGAUUCUUAUUCAGCAAUUAGAAGUCAAUUGCUACUGCAAUCUCCUUUACCAUCUAUGA